AUGCGCACGAGCCUGACGUGUUUGAAAUGGCUUCGGUGUUAACCGGGACCCGACUUAGGUGAAGGUCUGGUCAGCGUUUGGUUGGAGCGGUGGGCUGCUGAGCCAGGGUCCUUAACAUCUUAGCGGAUCCGCGGAAGGGCUGGGAGUGCCUGCUGUGGUGACACGGCAGCUGCAGGCCGGCCACGAUCGCUGCUAUAGAAGAGAAACAGUGAAGGUUUUUUUCCCCUUGCAUCAUGGCUCAAUUUGGAGGACAGAAGAAUCCGCCAUGGGCUACUCAGUUUACAGCCACUGCGGUAUCUCAGCCAGCUGCACUGGGUGUUCAGCAGCCAUCACUUCUUGGAGCGUCUCCUACCAUUUAUACUCAGCAAACUGCAUUGGCAGCAGCAGGCCUUACCACACAAACGCCAGCAAACUAUCAGUUGACACAAACAGCAGCACUGCAGCAACAAGCUGCAGCUGCCGCGGCUGCACUGCAACAGCAGUAUUCUCAACCUCAGCAGGCCUUGUAUAGUGUGCAGCAGCAGUUACAGCAACCCCAGCAGACCAUUUUAACACAGCCAGCUGUUGCACUGCCUACAAGUCUUAGCCUAUCUACUCCACAGCCUGCAGCACAGAUAACUGUAUCAUAUCCAACACCAAGAUCCAGUCAACAACAGACCCAACCUCAGAAGCAGCGUGUUUUCACAGGAGUGGUUACAAAGCUACAUGAUACAUUUGGAUUUGUAGAUGAAGAUGUAUUCUUUCAGCUUAGUGCUGUCAAAGGAAAAACCCCCCAAGUAGGUGACAGAGUAUUGGUUGAAGCUACUUAUAAUCCUAAUAUGCCCUUUAAAUGGAAUGCACAAAGAAUCCAAACACUACCAAAUCAGAAUCAGUCCCAAACUCAACCUUUACUGAAGACUCCUCCUGCUGUACUUCAGCCGAUUGCACCACAGACUACAUUUGGUGUUCAGGCUCAGCCCCAGCCCCAGUCACUACUGCAGGCACAGAUUUCAGCAGCUUCUAUUACACCACUAUUGCAGACUCAGCCACAGCCCCUGUUACAACAGCCACAGCAGAAAGCUGGUUUGUUGCAGCCUCCUGUUCGUAUAGUUUCACAGCCACAACCAGCACGAAGGUUAGAUCCACCAUCUCGAUUUUCAGGAAGGAAUGAUAGAGGAGAUCAAAUACCUAACAGAAAAGAUGACCGAAGUCGUGAAAGGGAACGAGAAAGACGUAGAUCCAGAGAAAGAUCACCCCAGAGGAAACGUUCCCGAGAGAGGUCUCCCCGGAGAGAAAGAGAACGAUCACCUCGGAGAGUUCGACGUGUUGUUCCACGUUACACAGUACAAUUUUCCAAGUUUUCUUUAGAUUGUCCUAGCUGUGACAUGAUGGAACUAAGGCGUCGUUAUCAAAAUUUAUAUAUACCUAGUGACUUUUUUGAUGCUCAGUUUACAUGGGUGGAUGCUUUCCCUUUGUCAAGACCAUUCCAGCUGGGAAAUUACUGCAAUUUCUACGUAAUGCACAGAGAAGUAGAGUCCUUAGAAAAAAAUGUGGCCAUUCUUGAUCCACCGGAUGCUGAUCACUUAUAUAGUGCAAAGGUAAUGCUGAUGGCUAGCCCUAGUAUGGAAGAUUUGUAUCAUAAAUCAUGUGCUCUUGCUGAAGAUCCACAAGAACUUCGAGAUGGAUUUCAGCAUCCUGCUAGACUUGUUAAGUUUUUAGUGGGCAUGAAAGGCAAGGAUGAAGCCAUGGCCAUUGGAGGCCACUGGUCUCCUUCGUUGGAUGGACCAGACCCAGAAAAGGACCCCUCUGUGUUGAUUAAAACUGCUAUUCGUUGUUGUAAGGCUCUGACAGGCAUUGAUCUAAGUGUAUGCACACAAUGGUACCGUUUUGCAGAGAUUCGCUACCAUCGCCCUGAGGAGACCCACAAGGGGCGUACAGUUCCAGCUCAUGUGGAGACAGUGGUUUUAUUUUUCCCGGAUGUUUGGCAUUGCCUUCCCACCCGCUCAGAGUGGGAAACCCUCUCCCGAGGAUACAAGCAGCAGCUGGUCGAGAAGCUUCAGGGUGAACGCAAGGAGGCUGAUGGAGAACAGGAUGAAGAAGAGAAGGAUGAUGGUGAAGCUAAAGAAAUUUCCACUCCUACCCAUUGGUCUAAACUUGAUCCUAAGACAAUGAAGGUAAAUGAUCUCCGAAAAGAAUUAGAAAGUCGGGCUCUUAGUUCCAAAGGAUUAAAAUCCCAGCUAAUAGCUCGAUUGACAAAACAGCUUAAAGUAGAAGAACAAAAAGAAGAACAGAAGGAAUUAGAGAAAUCUGAAAAAGAAGAGGAAGAAGAGGAUGAUAGGAAAUCUGAAGAUGACAAAGAGGUUUCAUUGUUUGCAGAACUUUUCAAUGAAAUGCUUCAAAGAGAUUUUGGUGUCAGAAUAUACAAAUCAUUGUUAUCUCUUCCUGAGAAAGAGGACAAAAAAGAAAAGGAUAAGAAAAACAAAAAAGAGGAGAGAAAAGAUAAAAAAGAAGAAAAAGAUGAUGAAACCGAUGAGCCAAAACCCAAACGGAGAAAAUCGGGCGAUGAUAAAGAUAAAAAAGAAGACAGAGAUGAAAGGAAGAAAGAAGAGAAAAGAAAAGAUGACUCUAAAGAUGAUGAUGAAACUGAAGAAGAUAAUAAUCAAGAUGAAUAUGACCCAAUGGAAGCAGAAGAAGCUGAGGAUGAAGAAGAUGAUCGGGAUGAGGAGGAAAUGAACAAAAGAGAUGACAAAAGAGAACUCAAUAGAUACUGCAAGGAGAGGCCCUCUAAAGAUAAGGAAAAAGAAAAGACUCAGAUGAUCACAAUUAACAGAGAUCUAUUAAUGGCAUUUGUUUAUUUUGAUCAAAGCCAUUGUGGGUACCUUCUUGAAAAGGAUUUAGAAGAAAUACUCUAUACUCUUGGACUACAUCUUUCUCGGGCUCAGGUAAAGAAGCUUCUUAAUAAAGUAGUGCUCCGUGAAUCUUGCUUUUAUCGGAAAUUAACAGACACCUCCAAAGAUGAAGAAAAUCAUGAAGAGUCUGAAUCAUUGCAGGAAGAUAUGCUAGGAAAUAGAUUGUUACUUCCAACACCAGUAGUAAAACAGGAAUCAAAAGAUACGGAAGAAAAUGUAGGACUCAUCGUAUACAAUGGUGCAAUGGUAGAUAUAGGAAGCCUGUUGCAAAAAUUGGAAAAGAGUGAAAAAGUAAGAGCUGAAGUAGAGCAGAAGCUGCAAUUACUAGAAGAAAAAACAGAUGAAGAUGAAAAAACCAUACUAAAUUUGGAGAUUUCCAACAAAAGCCUUUCUGGUGAACUCAAAGAUGUUAAAAAGGAACUUAGUCAGUUACAAGAAAACCUAAAGGUUUCAGAAAACAUGAAUUUACAAUUUGAAAACCAGCUGAAUAAGACAAUCAGAAACUUAUCUACAGUAAUGGAUGAGAUCCACACUGUUCUCAAGAAGGAUAGUGUAAAGAAUGAAGACAAAGAUCAGAAAUCCAAGGAGAAUGGUGCAAGUGUAUGAUAAAAUUUGUGUCGUGAUAAGGAAUGGUGUUAAAUAAUGUAAUAUAUAAAAUCAUGAUACAAGAAUGUUUGAAGGUGAUGCAUGUUUGAUUUUAGUAGUAUACAUAUCUGUUAGUUCAAAUGAUGUAUAAAGUUUUAUGAAUGUGAGUCUGCUUUUGAAAAUUGCUUGUAAUUUCUAGCAUUCAAAUUAUUAAACACUCCUUGAGUGAAAUAAUUUUGCAUUGCAAAAUGUUUUAGGAUGAACUUUGUUAUAGUUUUAACCCAAAUAAAGUUCAUCAAUUUAAUUGACAGUAGUAUUUAAUUACCAAAUGUCUUUUAUUGAAAUGCCUAGAAUAUUUGAUUUUAUUUAUAGAAUCAUCACUAGGUUUUAUUUUUAUAGCCCAUCUUUUCACAUUUUAGCAUAAACCAUAAAAUAGCAUGCUGCUUUAACUUUUCAACUUUUUGAGCCAGAAAUAUUUUUACUCUUCUCUAAUUAUUUGUCUCUGAAAGCAUUUAUUAAAAGGUCAGUUCAUCCUUGAGGGCUGAUGGAGUGGCUCAGGUGGUAGAGCACCUGCCUAGCAAGUGUGAGGCCUUGAGUUCUUACUUCACUACUCCCCCAAAAAAGGGGAGGGGGAAGUCAAUUCAUCUGAAAGACAAAAUAUCACACACUACUAAAGCAAUAGAUAACUAGCCUUGUUAAUAUAUUUGUUAGGGUUUAUGUAAAAAUAAUAGUCCAAUGUUAAUGUUACUGAUUUCAAUUAAUAGUUCCACUUUCCCAGAAUACCACAUAUUUUAGUUGUAAUUUUGAGGGGUUUUGUUUUUGUUUUUAGCAGCCUACAUCAAAUGUACAGGUUAGUAACAAGCCAGGAGAUGUCAGUAUAAUGCCUUAAGUCUUCUUUAAUUAAAAAUAAUUUUUUGAAAUUAAUCUGUGUUCUUCCUUCAGAAUUUUAGUGGAUGUUGAAUUGUCGAUUAAGUGUUGAGUUAAAAAGAAAGGAAAUGUGAUGUGCUGUACAGCUGUGGUUUUCACCUGAGGGUAAAUCUAUCUGCUGGAAGCAGUGUGUGGAGAUGGUUGAGGUGGGCAUUCUCUGCAUCUACUUCGCAGAGACUUGAGGAUGUUGCUAAGCAUCCUGUGCUGCAUAGGACCACCCAUUCCCAUUGAGGAAUUACAGAGUCCCAAAGGCCAGCGGUGUCCAGUUUGAGUGUCCUGCUCUAAAGGAAAAUGGGGUUCAAUGACCUUUUGUCUUUCAUGUUAUACUAGUAAAGACUUAACUUAAUCUUUAGCAGAUGAUUAAAUAUUUUAUAUUUUAAAAACUCAGUGAAAUGUUUUGCUGUUAUGAAAAUAUAUGCUACAUUAGAAUUUAUUUCAUUUUGUUUGUUUUAUUUUGAUAGGAUUAAUGGCCAAGUGUUCAAGUAGGUGAAUAUGACAAUUACAGUACCAUGUUAUGUAUGACUUAAGCUAUAUGGAAUCCACAUGGCUCUUAGUAAUAGAUGGAUUAAAAUACCUCAAAUUCUCUCAAAUCACAUUUGUCUUAAAUUGAUGUUUCUGUUCUUAGGACUUGUUAAAUCUCUCCAAAGCAAGAUUACUGGUUGAUCCAUAAUUAUGUAGUUAUUAUAAAUAUUUCUCCAUCUUUAGUGUGAGUUUUUGGAAGUGUUUUUCAUGAGGAAAAAAACCUUUAAAAGAGUAAUGAUAAAGUUUCUUGACAAAAUUAUAUUUUUUUAAAUUAUUUGUUGUGGGACUGGAGUUUGAACACAGGGCUUUGCACUUGCAAAGCAGUGCUCUACCUCUUCAGGCACAU